UUUCUGCUCUCCAGUAGUGUCCACACCGACGUGCGCUUCGCUCUAUAACUGCUCAAACGGAACGUCCUAAGUCUUAAUCGAUCUACGAUCUAUCGAUCGCGUUGUGCGUGUCAAAUCAUCAUCGUCGCGAGAUCAUUUUCGGUGCCGUUUGGAUCGAAAAAAAAAAAAGAACACCGGUUAAUCUCAAUACUAUUAAACGACUGGCGCACAUCUCGGUUAUCAUCAGCCAUCAUCGACGCCAUGGCACUAGCAGUGCUCGACCACGGACCGGCCAUCAUCGCACUGGGAAGUCGGUACGUCUGAAGAAUAGUGCAAACAACAGUAUACAAUCAACAUGGAUAUAAACGUUUUGAAAAAAUUAACCAGAUCCGGUUUCAUAUUGCUUCACUUUUCGGCGUUAUUGAUCGUGAAUGGGCAUGCGAAAAACAGCGGUACGAGAUGGGCCAGUGCGGAACUCGAAGCGGCCGACGAGCUAAAGGACUUGCAGAUAUACAAAUCGGUCGUACAGUCAAUGGAAGAAUGGCGACAGCGGAACGCCUCGCCUAAGAGACAAAAGAGAGCAGAAACAAAAGUAUGCUAUCCAGAAGUGGGUUGCUUCGACGAAUCCGGCCCUUACGGUUACAUAGGCACCGUGCCCAACCCACCGGACGAAGUCAACACGAGAUUCUUGCUGUACAAUUCCCGAAGGAGUCGCCGGGACACUCCCCUGCUGGACGUGGCUUUCAAGAACAUGACUUCCAUCUGGCACUGGGCCGGCAAAGCUUUCAACGUGACGGCACCCACCAAAGUCAUUGUACACGGAUUCGGAAGUUCGUGUUCUAACGUGUGGGUGUACGAGAUGAGGUCUGCGCUAAUGGACGCGGACGAUUGCAAUAUCAUCUGCGUGGACUGGGAAGCCGGAGCCAUCAUACCCAAUUACGUUAGGGCGGCGGCCAACACUAGACUGGUCGGCAAACAGGUGGCCAUGUUGAUCUCGGGCCUAGCGCUCAAAGCUAAUCUGCCCGUGGAGAACGUGCACCUGAUAGGGUUCAGCUUGGGCGCUCACGCCGCCGGGUACGCCGGUGCCGAACUCCAGAACUUGAGCCGCAUCACCGGCCUGGACCCUGCGGGUCCCCUUUUCGAAAACCAGGACCCCAAGACCCGGCUGGACUCGACCGACGCCAAGUUCGUGGACGUGAUCCACUCCAACGGCGAGAACCUCAUACUGGGCGGCCUUGGCGCCUGGCAGCCGAUGGGACACGUCGACUACUACCCCAACGGCGGGCGCAUGCAAAAGGGCUGUUCCAACCUGUUCGUCGGGGCCGUCACCGACAUCAUAUGGUCUGCUCCCGAAGUGUACGGCAGGAGUCUGUGCAACCACCGGAGGGCUUACAAGUUCUUCACGGACAGCGUGACCACGGGCUGCGCGUUCCCGGCCGUUCCCUGCGAGUCGUACGAGAAGUUCCUGGAUGGCGAGUGCUUCCCGUGCAAGGACAAGACCAAGUGCGGCACGAUGGGCUACUACUCGGACAAGUCCCCUGGUCGAGGCAAGCUGUACCUGCUCACCAGGGACGAGGAACCGUUUUGCGCGCACCAGUACAUCGCCAAAGUCUACAACUCGCCUAGUGCUCUGCCAGUGGUCAGUUAUGGCAGGAUCCAAAUCGUACUCUUCGGUCAACUCGACAUCAACGAGACGUUCACCAUCACUCACAAAGACGACGCCAAGUUGUUGUUGGGCGAUACUCUCAAGAGGAUCAUAGUGCCGCAUCCGGCUCUGCAAGACUUCGACAGGGUGCAAAUCACUUACACCGCGUACAAGGGAUGGCUGUCCAACGGAUUGGAGAAAUGGAGCAUCGACAAGUUCAUUCUGACCGACAGUUACGGCAUCAGCCAAUCGGUUUGCAAACGAGGUCUGGUCUUGGAAUCCGAUGUGCCGGUCGUGUUGCCUCUGUUUCCAGGCGACUGCAACCUGCCAGAGCUGAGCUUACAGACGAACGACAAAGGGGACGGCAUCAAAGACAAAACGGACCACGGUAACGGCCAACCCGAGUUCGGUCAGCAGCACAUCAACGAUUCGCUGAUCGACGGUUCGGCCGUUGCGGCCGCGGUGGACGCGGCCGGACACCAACUGAGCGCCACGCUGGGCGUGGGCAUCAAAGAGUACAUGAACGUGCCGUGGAUGCCCGUGUUGGACGUCGAGACGGAACCGACGGGCAACAGCCUGGACCCGUCCGUGCCGGCCGACAGGCGGGAACAUUCCGGCCGCGGGUUUACCGGCGGCAACGGUGCGUCGGCCGCCGCCAAUAACGCCACGACCGAGGACGAAUUCCCGUAUGACCAGGCGACGCCAAGGGGGGGCGGCCACAACGGUACGGCGGCCGACGAGAUCCGCGAGCCCGUGUUGCGGCCCAAGAGCCGGUUCCGCAUGUACCGAAUGCCGGACAACGGGACAGCGGCGUCCGCGAUGGCACAGCAAUCCAACGCCACCGCCACCGCCGCCACGACCACCGCCGAACGGUCGUUCAUCGUACACCUGUUGCCGCAAAAGCUGAUGAACAUGAUCGAACACGCCGAGCGGUACGCCCGCAUGGCCUUUUCGCCGUUCAUGUGGCCCGCCAAAGAGCGGACUCAGCGCGCCCUAAAAUACUUCCCGAGAUUUCUGUUCAACGACAACCAAACGUCCGAACAAGUGGUGAACGUGGACGACCAGCCCAAGAACUACAUCCCUUUGGUCUAUGAACAACAGCAGCAACCACACAACCGCCACCAGCCGGCCAUGGUUCAGACCAGAAUGAUACCGGCAAUGACUGACGACAGACCGUCCAUCGAAGAACAAGUAGACCAAGAAGAAGAAGAAGACUUAAAUUCCAAAGAUCAAGACCGACAACAAGAACCAGAAGACAUCAGAUGAUCUGAACCGGCCACGUUUAACCGACUAUACAAACGAUGGUCAACCGAUACUAUUAUUAUGUUUUUAUUUAUCAAGUUAUGUACAUAUUAAUACAAUAUAUGAUAUACAUAUGAUUAUACUAGUAAAACCGUGUAGCGAAAAGUAAAAAUAAUUUUAGUUCCUAAGAAUAUCGGUAAAAAAAAAAAAUAAUUUUACUAAACCCCCCCCCCUCCAAUGUGUGUUGUAUAAACUAUAUAGUGUGUGUGUACAUACAUAUUAUAUUAUAUUAUGCAGGAAUCCAUUCACGUUGUACAUGCAUGUUUUACAUACACAGCCACAUUUCGGAUAUCGCCUGUCGCUUUGUGCGUUAAAUGUAAAUUUGUGUUAUUAGAAGAGAGCCAAAGCAAAAUAAUAUUGUUGGUCCAACUGUUGAAAAAACAAAAUAUAUAAAAUGUCUUAUUUAUUUAAAAGUAAUAUAAAGUGUAAUAUGUAAAAAAAAAAAAAAAUGUUGUUCACAACGACCUCAUCCUUUUCCUCCACCAACUUGCGAGAACACAACACAAAUCGGAUUAACGUUACAAUAACUGCGGUCCGUAUCGUUUAACCCGUUUACUACGGAACAUCAUAUUUAUCAUUUA